AUGUUACAAGGCAACAUUUUGGUAUGGAACUGCAGAGGCAUAGUCAACGCUGAAACACAGAGGGCCCUCGUUGAUAUUGUUUUGGCAAAGAAACCUACGUUGAUUUUCCUGUCGGAAACCCUAGCCCAAAAACAUACGAUAGACUCCAUCACACGUCGCAUCGGAUUCAAGGAUAGUUUUUGUGUUCCGCAUGAGGAAGACUCGCAGGGCCUCGCAAUUCUGUGGACGGAUGAUACACAUGUAAAUAUGCGAAGCCACUCGCCCAAUCAUAUUGAUGUCGAGGUUGGGAAGCCGGGAUCCGAUCUUUGGAGGUUCACGGGCAUUUAUGGGGUCGCUGCAAGGGGAGGCAGAGAUAGAACUUGGCAGUUGAUAGAAACCCUAGCUGCACAGACAUGUUUUCUGCCUUGGUUGAUGGCAGGCGAUUUCAAUGAGGUGUGGGCACGAAAAGAUAAGUCCGGAGGGCCUCCUAGGGCUCUUGCAGCGAUGACAAAGUUUCGACGAACGAUGACAGGGUGUGGUUUCCGUGAUAUGGGUUUUGUGGGGAGUCGUUUUACCUGGUCGAAUAGAUAUACAAAAGAACGACUGGAUAGGGCUUUCCAAACCAACCAAUGGCGUAGUCGCUUUCCAUAUAGUAAGGUGUUAACCCUCAGUCCAUCGGAAUCCGACCAUAGUCCUUUACUAAUUGAAGCCUACAUGGCACCACGAGUGAAGCGAAGGCUUAACAGACCUUUCCGGUUCAAGGAGUGUUGGUUUGAGAAGGAAGAGUGUACAAACAUUGUCAAGCAAGGUUGGGCACUGCCUACGACGGGAAAAGGCCUUCAGCAGAUUGGUAACAAGACAAAAGAGUUGGGAAGUAGGUUGGGUGCAUGGCAUCGAACUGAGUUUACCAGUCAGCAGAAUGAGAUGAAAAUCAUUCAAGAAAAACUCAGAGACUUGAUGAGACAACCCUAUUCCAUACAGGGAUACGAAGAGCAUAGGAAGCUACAUGUGCAAUUUAGUCAGCUACUGUCUACUCAGGAAAAGUAUUGGAAGCAGCGAUCCCGUGCCCUCUGGUUGAAAGAUGGGGACAGAAAUACGGCCUACUUUCACCGGAAAGCAAGUAACCGAAGAAGUAGGAAUAUGAUUUUUUCAGCUGAACCAAUUGAUUGGGAGGCUCUUGAUACUGUCAUAGGGGCUGUACCAUGCAAGGUGACGACUGACAUGAAUAAUGCUUUGAUGGCUACGUACACAGACGAAGAGAUUAAAACCGCUCUCUUUCAAAUGCAUCCUUCAAAAAGUCCUGGACCUGAUGGUAUGUCUCCAUUUUUCUAUCAGAAAUAUUGGGAUAUUGUUAGUCAUGAUGUUUGUUUGGCAGUGCGGGAUUUGUUGACUCAUGGGGAGAUGUGGCCGGAGUCUAACUAUACAUACCUUUGCUUGAUACCCAAGAUAAAGGACCCAAAGGAAGCAAUGCACUUUCGCCCAAUUGCGUUGUGUAAUGUUAUUUGCAGAAUUGGUUCGAAAGUUGUAGCUAAUCGGUUGAAAGUUUGGCUUCCUGAAAUUGUAUCUCCAUUACAAAGUGCGUAUGUCCCGGGUAGGCUCAUCUCCGAUAAUACUUUAGUAGCAAAUGAGGCAGCACACUUUAUGCACAAACUCCGAAAUCAAGAGGAAGGUUUCUUCUCCCUCAAGCUUGAUAUUUCUAAAGCAUAUGAUAGACUUGAUUGGUCGUUUAUAUCUGCUAUUCUCACGAAAUUGGGUUUUGCAUCUCAAUGGAUUCACAUUAUCAUGAAGUGCAUCUGUUCUGUGACAUAUUCCAUUCUCUUACAUGGGGAGCCUUCUCCUCCGAUUACUCCUACACGAGGCAUCAGACAAGGUGAUCCUUUGUCACCCUAUCUUUUUAUUUUAUGUGGUGAAGGUUUAUCAGCCUUAAUCUCCCAGGCUGUGAGUCAACGAACUAUUCAGGGACUCACUAUGUGCCCUCAAGCCCCUACAUUGCACCAUCUUUUCUUUGCAGAUGAUAGUAUACUCUUUGGUUCUGCCACAGAUGAAGAAUGCUUGCACUACAAGUUACUUCUGGAUACGUAUGAAAGGGCCUCCGGACAAAAAGUGAAUUUUCAGAAAAGUAGUGUAGUCUUCAGUAACAAUGUUCUGGAGGACAGGCAACAUCACUUGGCAGCUAUUUUGGGGGUCCAAUGUGUCAAGGAACAUGAUAAGUAUUUGGGUUUACCUAUGAGGGUGGGGAGAUCCAAAUCUGCAAUUUUUGCGUACAUCAAAGAAAAGCUGACAAAGACCUUAGUAAACUGGAAGGCAAAGGUCCUUAGCUCGGCAGGGAAAGAAAUUCUCAUCAAAGCAGUAGCUCAAACCAUGCCAUUGUACGCAAUGAACUGCUACUUACUACCAAAAACUCUGUGUGAUGACAUUCAUAAGCUCUGUGCUUCGUUCUUCUGGGGUGACACCGAUGACAAGAAAAAGAUCCAUUGGAGGAGUUGGGAGAAAUUAUGCCUCACCAAACAUGAGGGUGGAAUGGGCUUUAAGGAUCUUUAUGCGUACAACCUCGCCAUGCUUGGCAAACAAGGGUGGAGGAUACUCUCCAACCCUCAUUCUUUGAUUGCCAAACUAUACAAGGCCAAGUAUUUUCCACACUGCUCCUUCUGGGAGGCUGAAAUGGGAGACUCGCCAUCCUUUUCUUGGCGAAGCAUUCUAAAUGGUAGACCAGUGCUAAAGGCUGGGGUGCAGUGGUGUAUUGGCAAUGGCACUCAAGUCAAUAUUUGGAAUGAUAAAUGGAUUCCUAAUUGCCAGCAAUAUAUGAUCCACAAACCUAGGAAUUGUGUUUUUGAGCUUGUCUCGGAUUUGAUUGACUCACAUACAAGACAAUGGAUUCCAGAGGCAGUAACUGCCAUCUUUCCACCUGACGUAGCUCACAAGGUACUUAGUAUUCCUCUCAGUCGUCGUACUCGGUGUGAUACAAUUUGUUGGAGUCCAGAGAAAAGAGGUUUCUAUUCCGUUAAAACAGCGUACUGGAUAGCUCGAACUCGGGUUCUAGAGAAUGUUCUUGUCUCUACAUCUAGUGGUGAUCCAUUUCGGGAACUGUGGAAAAGACUUUGGAGUGCCAAAGUUCCGGGGAAGGUACAGAUCUGUGUAUGGAGAGCAUGCUCCAACCUGCUUCCUACACGAGCUAAACUGCUGACUAAAGGAUAUGAGGGAGAUCUCCAUUUCCUACUGUGUUCUCAUCCGUAUGAGGACACCUCCCAUAUCUUUUGCACGUGCCCAACUGCAGCUGCUAUUCUAGCUGCACCACCUUUCCAGUUUACAAGUACUAUACUGCCUCGUAUGGACCUCAAGGAAUGGUUGCUUGAACAGGCGGUGCACUUGAAGAAGGAGUUGUUUGAUAAACUCUUGAUGGUUAUGUGGGCAAUCUGGAGAAAUAGAAACAACGUGUUGUGGAAUAAUACAAAGCAGUCAGCGGAUGCACUAGUCCUCAGUUCGCUUGCAUGGUUGGAUGAGUUUACCAAAGCGAACCGAGUUGCACAGUUGGCUCCUUCAAAACUGCAAAAGACCUGGAGGCCUCCGGAAAGGGGAACUUGGAAACUUAACGUUGAUGGUAGUUUCAUUCCAAAUACCACUCUGGGUGGUGUGGGAGGUGUUUUACGAGAUGAUAGAGGUAACUUUCGCGCUGCUUUUGCGAUACCUAUCUCUAAUGUGGCCUCUGCAAAACAAGUGGAACUUAGGGCUAUCAAAGAGGGUCUCAACUUGGUGGCAACUGUUGGCAACGUUGUCAUCGAAACUGAUUGUUUGGACGCAGUAUCCAGCAUUGCAGACAUGCAGUCCACGUAUUUGCAUGAGGAAGGUCUGCUGGACGACAUCAGGCACGAACUUGAGCAAAGGAGCGAUAUCGUAGUGCAGCAUACCUCCAGAGUUUGUAAUAGAGUUGCUCACUGUCUAGCAAUCUCGGUCUAUGAAGUGGGCAAUGCCCGUGUUUGGCAGACCCAACCUCCAGCUCUAAUUAUGGAGUUACUGAAGCAUGAUUGUAAGCAAUUGGGAUAA